CCAGAUUAGUCAAAUGGCUGGAAGUACAAAAAAGCGGGCUGAACCCGAACCGAAUCCGUGCUUUGUUGGAGAACCCAUCCCGCUCGCCGAAGCUAUGAGCAAAUGGCCAUUUCGCUACAGUUCUUCAAAGGCGCGAAAAUCCGUGAAUGUCGACUGUGGCGAGGAAGAGGAAAAAAUGCAGGCAACGCAUCAUUAUCGCCGAGCUAAUGUAGAUGGAAUUCAAAUCGCUCUUGGCGAUGAUGUCUACGUUAAGGCUGAAGAGAAUAAGCCUAACUAUAUCGCUAAAAUUGUGGAAUUCUUUGAAUCGAUCGACAAAGAAGCUUAUUUUAGAGCUAGAUGGUUCUAUAGACCUGAAGACACGGUGAUUAAAGGCCUUGCACAUUAUGUGCAAAGAAAUAGAGUUUUUCUUUCUAAUGUUGAGGAUGACAAUCCUCUCAACUGCAUCAUCUCGAGGGUGGAGAUUCUUAAAAUUCCUCCAAAGGUCGUUUCAAGACCUGAGGAGAGAAUAAUGCCACAACCAUGCGAAUACUACUAUGACAUGGGAUAUGACUUGGACCACCUCACCAUUUCAUGUGUAGAUGAUGUUAACACAGAUAGUGUACCAUCAUCAACAAUUUCGAGUGGUUGUGACACCAAUUGCAUUGAAAACCCGCAGAAGAAUGAAAAAUACUUGUUGGAUCUGUACUCUGGCUGCGGAGCAAUGUCAACGGGGUUGUGUAUGGGAGCAUCCCUGGCAGGCAUAAAAUUGACUACGAAAUGGGCAGUAGACAUCAAUAAAUUCGCUUGUGCUAGUUUGAAACUUAAUCACCCUGAAACCGAGGUGAGAAAUGAAGCUGCAGAAGACUUUCUAAGAUUGCUCAAAGAAUGGAGAAAGCUAUGCCUGAAGUUUGCACUUAUUUCCAGUACCGAGAAAAUAGAGUCAGAUAAAGAUUUAGAAGAUGAAGAAGAAGAUGGCGACAAAAAGGAUGAUGCAUACGGGGACAGUGAUGAGUCUGAUAUUCCACCUGGAGAGUUCGAGGUAGAAAAGUUCGUUGCUAUUUGUUUUGGAAAUCCCAAUGAAGUUAAGGAUGCUUCUUCUGUACUUCAUCUUAAGGUGCACUGGAAAGGUUAUGGUUCUGAGGAAGACACUUGGGAGCCUUAUGAUGGAAUACGUGAAUGCAAAGAUAAGUUAAAGGAGUUUGUCACAGAAGGGUUUAAGUCGAACCUAUUGCCACUUCCUGGUGGUGUUCAUUUUGUGUGUGGAGGUCCUCCAUGUCAAGGGGUUAGUGGCUUUAACCGUUUCAGAAAUAAAGAUGCACCGCUUCAAGAUGAAAAAAACAAGCAAUUGUUGGUAUAUAUGGACAUGAUCAACUAUCUGAAGCCAAAUUACGUGCUCAUGGAAAAUGUCGUCGAUCUGCUGAAGUUUUCGAAUGGGUUUUUAGCCCGUUAUGCUGUGGCUCGUCUGGUUGCGAUGAACUAUCAGACGAGACUAGGCAUGAUGGCUGCGGGUUCUUAUGGUCUUCCUCAAAUCAGAAACAGAGUAUUUCUAUGGGGCGCUCAACCAACAGAGAAACUGCCUCCGUACCCUUUGCCCACUCACGAGAUUCUCGGAAAAAGCUUAUUAGCCCCUAAAGAAUUUGAGGAAAUACAAGUUGGACAUAGCCAGAAGAAUCUUCUUCAGUUAGAAAAGGCUCCUACUCUUGCAGAUGCGAUAAGCGAUCUCCCACCAGCGACAAAUUGUGAGGAGAAAGAUGAAAGGAGCUAUGAAACAGAACCCCAAACGGACUUCCAGAAGUUCAUAAGUCUUACAAGAGCUGAUUCCCUAAUCCCAAUGGGUGGUGGAGAUGCUUCACAGUCAAGAAAGCUGUAUGACCAUCAACCACUUCAACUAAAUGAGGACGAUUUUGAACGGGUUUGCCAAAUAGAAAAGAAGAAGGGUGCCAACUUCAGAAGUUUGGCUGGUGUUUUAGUUAGAGACAACAAUACAGUAAAAUUUGACCCUUCUGUAGAGCGACCAAAACUGAAAUCUGGAAAAUAUCUGGUUCCUGAUUAUGCAGUGUCAUUCAAAAACGGAACAUCAACAAAGCCAUUUGGUCGAUUGUGGUGGGAUGAGAUUGUUAAUACGGUUGUGACAAGAGCACAACCUCACAACCAAACUCUAAUCCAUCCGUUGCAAGAUCGUGUGUUGACUGUCCGUGAGAAUGCCAGAUUACAGGGGUUCCCUGAUUUUUACAAGCUAUGUGGACCAAUAAAGGAAAAAUACUGCCAGGUUGGGAAUGCGGUGGCUGUUCCUGUAGGGAUUGCGUUAGGAUACGCGUAUGGCAUGGCAAGUCAAGGGCUGUCCGGUGAUCAGCCUGUAAUAAAGCUCCCUUUCAAGUAUCCUCAAUGUCUGCAGGGAAAAUGCUGAGGAGCAUUCUGCUUGAGAAGGUAAAAAGAAAAAGGUCUUGUCAUUUUAUGAUCUCAACGAAAAAGAUGAUGAUUCAAACACGAAGAGGACGAUCUUGUUUGGUUGUGUGUAAGUAUUGGAUUUUUUACGCUGAUUCUUUUGUCAGCCCUAACAGUU